GAUGCAGAGACCGAAGACCCAAGGAUGCCAUUUUUAAACGUGAUUUUAUUUGUGUUUUAUCGAUAUCCGUAGCCUUUUUGUUGUAAACGAAUAAAAAAGAACAUUUGCCGGGAGCUGUUGUUUUUUAGAGUCAGUGAAACGCCUUGGACUUCUGAGUGUUUCGCUUUUUCCUCUUAUUUUGUUUUAUUAAAAAGCCGAUUCCCCCACGUUAAAAAAAAAACUCGGCGAUGCCAUAUGAAGUUGGGGGAGGAGGAGGAGGGGGGGGUGAUCAUUAAUUCGUAGACCUACACCUCCAGUAACGUGGAGGCGCGUCGUACAGCUUGUAUUUUUGUGACACGGAGACGUUCACGGUGUCGUUUUACGCCGCCAGUUUUGCGAAAAAUUGAACAGGGCAUGAACGAGCACUCCUCCCUGCGAUACCUAAAACGGUUUUUCGCAUUUUUGUGUUUUUUCCAUUUUUUUCCCUUACCAAAGCUACAUUUGAGCUACAGAACCGAAAUUUCGAGGAUUUGUAAAACAAGAAGAGUUGCGUAUUUCUACAUAGGAAUCAACCUGAAGCCAUUUCUAUGCAAGGGGUGCGAUUAACGCAUUCUCUGCAGAGUCUCGCCCACAGGGUCUCUUUCAUGCCCAGGUCUAACGGUGAUUUAGGAGACUCGGUAUCCCGAAUUAGUUGAUGAAUUUUCUAUCGAUCCGAAACAAGCCCUGAUUAAUCUCUGACAGGCUCUGGCUGUGCGCUGCACACCCCAGACCUUUCUAUCAUCGCCAUUAGUGACUACGUUUAAAGCCUGCCCAAUACAACUCCGCCGCAUCGCUUUGUGUCGAAUUUAUUUUCGUGAGCACGAGCCAGAAUCUAUCCAAAUUAAAAUUUCGUGACCGGGGACCGAUAAGUAGCCCGCUCCCGCCUCCCCCUCUUCUGCCAUCCCCCCCGUUUGGUUUAAACAUUUAAGGGAAGAUACUGGACUGGCUCGCCCGAGCGGACCUCACACACCGUCACUUCAACUGGAGCUCUUUCAAGAGGAAUUCUCUCUCUUUUUCUUUAUGUUUUUUUUUUACUGCGCCUUGUUGUUGUGAUCCACCCCGCGCCCGCUCACGCCGCGCGUGCCAACAGAUUAAAAAAAAAAAGUAGGCGAUAUUAAGAUCACAAACUAUGCAGAGAUGAUGUUUGGGGUACGCUCUGCCUAAUCCUAUUUCCUUAUCCGGGAAUCGUACGGGUCCACGCCAUUGGCUGGUGGCGUCACAUGGAUUCUUAACUUUGUUCGUUUGACAGAAAGUAGGAGGGUUUUACGAAACAGGAAAACGAGUAAAGGGAUAGAAAUAAAUUUUAGUAUAUUUUUGUGUGCAAUUCAAAGAAAUUAAUGGCCAUGAGUUCCUUUUUGAUCAACUCCAACUAUGUGGAUCCGAAGUUUCCACCCUGCGAGGAAUAUUCACAGAAUGACUACCUACCCAGCCACUCUCCGGAUUACUACAGCGCCCAGAGGCGAGAGUCUUCCUUCCAGCAUGAGCCGAUGUACCACCAGCGGUCGGGCUGCAGCGACCCGCCUUACGCCUCCUGCCAGGGUCCCGGGCAACCCGCCGUCGUUGUGUCCCCGCGGGGUCACGUCCUCCCCCAAGCCGGAGUCCCGAGCCAUCUCCCGGAGCCCAAUCACCACUGCGACUCCGUCACCCCGAGCCCUCCGCCCGUCUCCGGACAAAACUCCGUUAACCAAAGCGCCUCUUCGUCCAGCUCAGGCAAGGAACCAGUGGUUUAUCCCUGGAUGAAGAAAGUCCACGUAAACAUCGUGAGCCCGAAUUACGCAGGGGGGGAGCCCAAACGCUCGCGCACAGCCUACACCAGGCAGCAAGUGCUGGAGCUCGAGAAGGAGUUUCACUACAACCGCUACCUCACCCGGAGGCGCAGGGUUGAGAUCGCUCAUACCCUGUGCCUGUCCGAGCGCCAGAUCAAAAUCUGGUUCCAGAACCGGCGGAUGAAGUGGAAAAAAGACCACAAGCUGCCUAACACCAAAAUUAGGUCAUCGAACUCCUCCGCCACUAACUCUGCUUCUAGCCAGGCUUUGGGAAGUUCUCAGAACCGCGGCAAUGCACAGCCGAGCCUAUAGCUCGCUGCUCUCUUUCAAGGGGUUUGGAAAUGCUCACUUUCCUGCAUUGAAGGGAAUAUCACGUCGGGGAAAAAGGAGAAAAGAACAGACGAAAGGGACUCUUUAUUUAUACAUUAAAAGGGGGGCGAGACUCCAUUCCCAAAAAUUAAAGCACAGAUAUGUGUUUCUGCUGCCCCCAGUCCCCUGCAUUUUUGCCUUCCUCUUCCCCUCUUCUCUUACUCGCUCGCCCUGCAUUACAACAGAAGGCUGCAGAUAGUGGUUUUCAGGUUUGGUGAAGAUGGAUCCCUGUUUCAUCCUUAAUCAUGCCAAACUCAGCCCCAUUUGUCAUGUUUACUCUGCGGUACAAAGGACGAACCGUAUGCCUGCUAAUACCUCGACAUCCAACGUUCGCUUUAAUAAAUGAGCCCCCGUUUCGUCAAGAAGAGCCGGUUUUUUUUUACCCUCUCCUCUCCUCUCCUACUUAGAACAAGAAAAACAAAACUAAAAUGAAGCCGGCUUCGCUCACAAUAGGAGAAGUAGUUGGUGAAGGAUUUGUUUUAAGGGGGUAUUUUCCUCCCCUUUGUAGCUUCAACCAUACGACGCGAUUUGAAGGCAGAUGUGGAGACCCCCUUUUUGUAGCUGAUUACGUAGAGACAUGGUUGUGCUUUUACGUUUUCCUAUAUGAACCACGGAGUGUACGUAAAGACACGGCCACAGCAAAGAAACGCAAAGGAGAGGAAAAAAAAUGCGUCCUUUGACCCAAAUAUGAAAACGAAGAUUCUUAGGUUAACUUAAGCCAAAUGUCGUUACGGGCAAUGCAACUAUAAACAGCACUAUAUAGCUCCAGACAGUGUUUUUUUUAUUACCUCAGUUGUGAAUUUGUUGUUCAUUUUGUCUUGUUUUUAUGAAUGAUAAAAUGAAACGUUCUAUCGUUAUGUUUAUUCGCCUUGCCUUGCAAGUAUCGGGAAUUAGUACUUAAUUCGUUACAUGUUAAGUCUGUUGUAAUUUGAGUGCUCAUGUUGCCCAGGAUUAUAAAGAACAGUGCGUGUGAUAUAAUCUAAAGCAGAUUUGUUUUUCCCAAAAAAUAGUUUUUUUCCUUUCCUCGGCACCCGCCUCUCUCUUCUCUUUGUUUCUUCU